AUGUACGUGUAUACUGCGGAGGCAAAGUAAGAGAAAACUCACGGGAAAAACUCCUUACUCUCCAGAGCACUGUCCCCCAGGACACCUUCUCAGUUAGACUGCGUCCCCGCUGGCAGGGAAAGGGAAGUCCAGCAGGCCAGCACUUAGAACUCUCAUUACACAUAACAGUAUCAAAUCCGCACAGCAAUCUGAUUAUAAAGGAGGUGUUAUUGUCCCUGCUUUAUUGAUAACGAACUCCAACGUAAGCAUUGUUGUAGGAAAGUGAAUUUAAGUCAGCCAACUUUAUAACAAACAAACAAAACACAAGACAAAUAUAAGACAGUUUUUAAACUGUCAGAUUAAUUUGAGGUAGACAGCUUCUGAGUCUUGUGACUUUUGGCAAGGGAAGAGGCAUAUCAAGUUAGAAAGGGAGCAUGCAAAGUUUAUAUUCAAUAUAGCAUGUGCACUUAUUGUAUAGAAAGAAAAAUCUCAACAGAUGAGGAUGAAUAGACUGAAGUCGAAGAAAUGGAACACAGUCGUUAUUUCCACAUAACUGGGGUUUCUGGUUACCUGGGGAGAGGCAGGGAUUCUGUAACCACUUUUCUGUUGUUUAAAUUGCUUAUUGUCAGAACAUAAUUCUGUGAUUUAAAACAAAAUAGAGAUUUUAAAAAAAUAAUGUUUAUACCCUGCCUGCUUCCCAAAUGUAUUUGUGGUACUUUGCAAAGUACAUAUGCACAGAGCAUUUUAGGACAUGGAUUUAAUGGUAUUUACAUUAUGUUUAGUAUGUGCCAGGCACGAUUCCAAGUACUUUUAUAGAUAAGCCCUUUCAACCUUUAUAUUCUGUGAAGCAAGUAGUAUUAUUGCCUCCAAUUUAAAGAAGAGAAAACUGAGGCAUACAGAGGUUAAAAUGUCAAGGUUACUCAGUUAUAAGCGACAGAGCUGGGAUUUGAGAGUAGGCAGUCCAAUUCUAGUAUCAAUAUUAGAUACUGCCUCACAGUUAAAAUAAAGAUAAAAAAGAAGUCAGAAAAUAUGCAAAGGGGGAAAUGACUGCUAGAAACCAAGGAUAAAAUAAUUACAAAUUCAGUUCCGAGCAUCUUGGCAGCCAAGAUAAAUGAAAACUGAAAAGUUACACAGCUUUCAACAUCUGAGAAGGGAAAACAUACAAGUUCUUAGUGGGAAGCAUUACUUUUUAGCUGGAAUUUCUUAUAGGAUUCAUACACAAAAGACAUAAAGGUCUUAUGUCCUCAAAAAUUGAUCUGCCAGAGAGAGGUCCAGAUGGAGGACACAGAGGCCUGCUGUUGCCAUGGCAUGUGGUCCUGGCUGCUGUGGAGGCCGUUGCCAGGGUUUCCCCUGCCUCAAUGUGAAGAGCUUAGAAAGAGGAGGAGAGGAGAACUCCCCUGGCCAUCUCUGUGACCCCAGCCACCGCAUUUUACACAGACAGGAGGGAAACAGAGGGAGAGAAGGGAAGGACCAUGCGGAGUGGAAAUAUUAAAGAUGGGAGAGAGGAAAAUGAAUGAAAAUAAAGAUACUGAUUCAAAGAGUGAAGAAUACAAAGAUGAGUCUGAAAAGGACCUGGAGGGGUUAACUAAUGAAAAUGAAAAAAGUGAUGCCAGCAUAACAGAGAUGGCUUGUGAGGAGAAAGAGAAUAUUAACCAAGACUUAAAAGAGAAUGAAACAGUAAUAGAACACACCAAACAGCUUUCUGAUCCUGACAAAUCUUUGCGGGAUGAGGUCUCACCAAGAAGAAACGACUUCAUUUCGGUACCGAGUAUUCAACCUUUGGAUCCCAUAUCAGAUUCAGAUAGUGAAAACUCUUUCCAGGAGUCCAAACUAGAAAGCCAGAAAGGCUUGGAGGAGGAAGAGGAUGAGGAAGUAAGGAGAUAUAUUAUGGAGAAAAUUGUGCAAGCUAACAAGCUUCUACAGAAUCAAGAACCCAUGAAUGAUAAAAGGGAGUGAAAACUUAAGCUCAAGGACAAAUUAGUUGAUCUGGAAGUUCCUCCACCAAAAGACACUAAUACUUACAAAAGUUAUCUUGAAAAUGAAAGAAACAUCGGGAAACUGUCACAGUGAUGUAUUUCCAAUGAUUUGGGACAAGAAAAUUUGCUGCUGUCACUUACUAAUGGAAGCUGUGAAAUAAACAAGGAUAGGAUGAUACUGGUAGAGAGAGAGGGAAAAUUUGAACUUCUGAAUUUGCAAGACAUUAAGAGUCAGGGGUAUUUGCCUCCCAUUAAUAAUGCAAAUAGUACAGAAAAUGACCCUCAGCAGUUGUUACGCAGAUCUUCCAACUCCUCUGUCAGUGGCAUCAAGAAAGAAGAUUCUGCAGCAAAGAUUGAUGCUGUCACUCACUCAUCAACAGGAGAGCCGUUGGCUUAUAUCCCUCAGCCACCACUCAACCGCAAGACUUGUCCAAGCUCUGCUGCCAACUCAGAUCGAAGUAAAGGGAAUGGGAAAUCUAAUCGACAGUCUGCACAUAUCUCAUCAGUGAUCUCAACAUACUGCCUUUCCCCUCAACAGAAAGAACUACAAAAACGAGAACAAAAGAGAGAAAAGCUGAAAAGAGAGGAACAGCAACAGAAAAUAGAAGAAGAGAAAGAAGAAAAGAGGGAGAAUGACAUAGUAUUUAAAGCAUGGUUGCAAAAGAAAAGAGAGCAGGUCUUAGAAAUGAGGAGAAUUCAGCAAGCAAAGCAGAUUGAAGACAUGAACACUAGAGUAAGUAAAACUUUCCUGAAAAAUAAGUUCAUACAGAUAGGAAAGCUGAACUUAAUUACAAAAGGGAGUCUGGAUAUCAGCCUAUGAAAGAAGCAGAAAAGUGGUUCAAGAACAACCCUUGCAAAAGAUGAAACAUGCAGAUGACUUUCCAAUGAGGUUCUAAGAGGCCUUGUGAAAAUAAAAUGAUUCCUAUUUUGUUCAGACUUUGAAGGAACAGAAAAUAGAAAACGAUCAAUUCGGGCCGGGCGCGGUGGCUCACGCUUGUAAUCCCAGCACUUUGGGAGGCCGAGGCGGGCGGAUCACGAGGUCAGGAGAUCGAGACCACGGUGAAACCCCGUCUCUACUAAAAAUACAAAAAAAUUAGCCGGGCGUGGUGGCGGGCACCUGUAGUCCCAGCUACUCGGAGAGGCUGAGGCAGGAGAAUGGCGUGAACCCGGGAGGCGGAGCUUGCAGUGAGCCGAGAUUGCGCCACUGCACUCCAGCCUGGGCGACAGAGCGAGACUCCGUCUCAAAAAAAAAAAAAAAAAAAAAAGAAAACGAUCAAUUCAUUUUUUCAAGAUGUAACUUUGGUAUUCAAACAGGACAAAGAUACAUACACACACACACAAACCCUACAGACUGGUCUCACUUAAGACUAGACAUAUAGAAACCUUAUGUAAAUCUUUAGCAAAUUAAAGACACCAAAUUAUUUAAUUUAAAAAAAUUUUAAAAAUUGAAAAUCCAAGAGAAAAUUUUGAAAAUCAUCCAUAUCCUUACUAAAAAAAAAGAUCUAUAUGUAAAGUACAAGUCGAAAAUUCAACCCUAAGCUCUUCCAGGCUCAUCUCCAGUGAUAACCACUUUUAACAGUGUGGUGCAAAUCCUUUUAUAUCUUCCUUAUAUUUAUAUAUUUACAUGUCAAAAGUUUCAUUAUUCAGUUUUUUUCACUUACUUCAUCAUGGAUAUCUGUCUAGGCCAUUACAUUUAAAUCUCUCUUUUCAAAUAGCUGCGUGGUAUUACAGCGUUAAUUUAUUAAACCCUUCUUCAUUUGUAAAUGUUUAGGUUGGUUCCAAUGUUGUGCUAGUUAACAGUGCAGUAGUGAAGAUGUACAUUCUAUGGGAACAUCUGUAAUCUGUAGGAGAGGUUCUUCAGAGGGGAGUUUAUAAUUUUUGAAGGUUUAGAGUGAAAUAUUUGUUAAAGAUGCAAAAGUAUCCUCCCAAAAGAUAAUAUGAAUUUAUAGUUCCUCCAACAAUAUGUGAGAGUGAGUGGCUAACACUGUAUGUGAUGCAUCGACUUAUUUCUUUCUUCAAACUAAUAAUAUACAUGCUUGUAUAUGAGCAUGUGUGAGACAUAAUAAGAAAUAGAUAUAGGACUCUACCCUUAGUUUUUGGCACAGAGCUCCUAAAACCUUUUUAAUUUCUUGAGUGGUAGGGGUUCUACAUGUAGCUCUUGUUCUAAUAAUUGACCUUUUAUCCUGGCUUCUGACACAGAGCUCCUAAUCCUUUGGAACUUCUUAGGUGAUAGGACUGUCUUUGUUCUAAUGAGAUGACUCUUGGUGGGCUCCUGAAUAGGGGCUGGUUGCCAGAAAGACUAAGCCAUGAUUAGAAGCUUGGAACUUUCAGUUCUAACUCCUUUCUUCUAGGAAGGGGGAAGGGGCUAGAGAUUGAGUUAAUAACUUCAAUGACUAUGUGAUGACACCUUCAUAAAAAUCCCCAAGCUGCAGGAUUCAGAGAGCUUCCAGGGUAUGGGAAAUGUGCUGUUGGGAGGUUGGCGCGCCCCCAAGAGGGCAUGGAAGCUUCACACCCCUUCCCAAUACUUUGCCUUGUGUAUCUCUUCAUCUGUGUCUCUUAUUAUAUUCUUUGUUAAUAAACUUGUAAAUGUGUUUCCCUGAAAAAAAAAUUGAUCCACCUAAUAUUUGGAAACAUCCAUCUAGUAGUCCUUUCUUCAGCCUCAGGAAGCUUCCUCUGACAGCCCUUGCCACCUUAAAAGCUGGUCCCAAAGUCCUUGUGUUGUGUAUCUUUAACACAGCCUGUGUAUAUCUCUAAUCAUUGUAUUCACCAUAUUAUUUUUAUCUUUCUGUCUCUUACAUUAGACAGUAAGCAACCUGAGGACAGGGAAUGUUCACAAUUGUUCCUGGUACCCAGGACAGUGACUGACACAAAACAGAUCAUAAAUGUCUGUUGAAUGGUACAUGUUCUCUAUAGCAAACCUGAUAGAAGCCAAAAGAACACAAUAUUAGGUAAAGUUCAGUAAACGCUGUGAAAAUGUACUCCAAGCUACUUUUUUGGAUCCUAGCUUGAAAAAGUAUAAAACCUAGAGGAUCUGGGGCAGUGAAUUCCAAACUUCAGAAUGACUGUGGUUUCUAAAGUGCAAACUCCUAGCUACUUCCCAGAAAUUUGGAUUAGGAACAUGCGGGGUGAGGCCCUGGAAACUACAAUUUUUCAGAGCCCCAAAGCAAUUCAGAUACACAUUUAGUCAGUUUUGGGACUCACUAUUCUUGGAUAAUUCCAUAUUUAUAGAAUAUGAGAGCUUGAAAGCACCCUUAUAGUAUUUGGAUACAACUUUCUUAAAUUAUAGAUGAGGAAACUUGGGCUCAGAGAAGUGAAGCAACUUGUUCAAAAUCAUACUGGUAGUGGUGCUAGCUGAGCGCAGGCUAGAAGCCAGGCGACCUUGUAUGUGAAGGGAGAGAAAUUGCAAUAGGAAAACUCAGAUGAUAGGACUGGCAUGGGGCCCACCUUUCUGGUGUCCAUAACAGCUUGAUCCAAAGUCAAUGACUUUAACAGAGACUUGGCCCUUUUGGUAUAGCACUAUAUUUUCCUAGAGAGAAGAAAAGAAUAUGUCAAGCUAUGGUAAUGCUGCCCUAGGCCCUCUGCUUACCUAAAUGAUCCUCAUCCUUCAGGGCCCAGUUCAAAUAUGACCACCUCCUUGGGCCUCCUCCCACAUCCUCUCCAAAAUCCCAUCAUCCUCCGCUCUGACUUUCCAUUUGACUUGUGGUAGGCGUUUCUUAUUUGGACCUCAUAGUCACUGAUUUGCAGAGUUUCUUUUGCAUAUAUUUUGUCACUUUCCCCCUAUUGAUUCUGCAACACCUGAAAAUUGUGACUUUAUCUUCUUUGGCGCCUGGUUCUAGGCCUUGCUUGCAUGGCCUUAGAAAUGCCAUUGAUUGAAUUUGUUCGACAUUCCCAUUAAAUGCCCUCCAUUGAUAUACUGCUAUGACAGUAGAGCACCAAAAAAAAAAAAAAAAAAAAAAUGUCAAAGGCAAUGAUUUGAUUGGCGUUUGUGAUUCCUACACAGUCUAGGGAAUAGAAUGGGUAUUUCCAGAGUGUUUCCGUGGGAGGACGGAGGUGGUACUCACGGGCU